UGUGCUUGUGACUUUUCACGUAACCUUGUUCAAUUUUUUUUUUUUCAUAACAACAGCUAAUAUGCUAAAACUAGUUCGAAAUGUAAGCCAAAGAUUCGCAAGGAAUCAGGUUCUAGUGAAACCUACAGUUGGAACGAUAAAAUGCACAGUAUCGAGGCAGUAUCGGUCGCUAUCAAAGGCCAACAAACAGAUGGAUCAACACAAACAAAAACAACCGCAACAACAACAACAACGGUGCCAGAUACCAUCACUAUAUUUACGCUGUAACUUCUAUUCAACCGACCCGCCAAAUGAAGAUGAACCAUCAGAGAGAGUAGAGCGUAUGUUGCCAAAGCUGAACAAUGACAAAAUUGUAGUCUCUCCACCUUUCUUCGGAUUCAUUAUAUUCCCCUGGAAAGCUUUACAAAUUCGCAGAUCAUACGAUUCCGAUUUUUCGCUCGAUGAAUUCGUUGAGGGUAGCAAAAAAGCCGUCGAGAUUGUCUCUGAUAAGCUGGCCUCUGGUGAUUUCGAUGGGCUGCGCGGUUUGGUAAAAGACGAUAUAAUCGAAUCUCUACGAAAUGUUAUUGUUUCGUGGAGAGAAGAACAACGCUCAGAGUUACGCGUGAUGCCGGGGGACAUUUGUCGAUUGUUUCUGUCUGAUAUUCAAAUCCAAGAGGACAGUGGCAUCGUUGAUAUUUGCAUGAUAUAUCAUUUGGUGAAAGGUUUCAAAGAGCUGACAAGCGAAUCAAAAAUUACACCAAGUGAAUUUAUCAAAAAGUCAUCGCAAUUCCUUGACGACAAUUUCUUCAUUUUAAACUACACAUUUACCAAAGGAUUCUCGAAGGAUUCGAACAACGAUUGGAUUGUGUCUUACAUCAAUCAUGUAAAUAUUUCGGAUGAAAUGCGGGAACAAACGAAGGGAAUCGAAGAAAUGAUGAAAAAACGUUGGACUGACUAUGAAAACGAAAAGAAAAAGAGAAUUGAAAGAAUGUUGCUAGCAAACUGUGUGCGACGCAUAAAUAAAAUUAAUAUUACAAAAUGUCUAAAUAAAUCGUUAGGCACAUCAAAUAGGCGUUGUGUUGCAGUAGCUAGCAGCAGCAGUAGCACAGAAAAUCCAUUGAAUUUUGGCAAUGGUUCGUUGCCAAACUUAACCUCAACGAGGACAGUGUUUACAAGUUCCCAUCGACACCAUAACAAUCACCUCUGGUGUAGUCACAGAUAUUAUUCAAACGAUACACAACACGGUAAGGAUCGUAAGGAGGACACAGACGACGAUGAUUUGGAGGGAUGGAGCCGUAAAUUGCCACGAUUUGGUGAUAUGUAUGUGAGCACACCUUCCGUUUACCUCAUGCUGAAAAAUGCCUUAAGCACUUUGCUGAUUCGCUCGUAUUUUGACCAAACAUUUAACCGCGAUGAAUUUUUGAGCGGAGCUCGACAAGCCGUAGAGGUAGUAUCGAAUUUGUUGGCUGUUGGCAAUUUUGAAGCGCUACGGGACAUGGUCGACGAUGACACUAUCGAUAAAAUGCGACACAUUGUUGGCUCAAUGUCACCCGAACAACGUCAAUGGAUUGUGGUCAACGACUCUGACAUCCAAUGGAUUUUCCCGUACGAAAUUCAAUUCAUCACCAAAGAAAACACGGUGAAGGAUAAAAGUCGAUUUUUUGUGGAAAUUAUGGUGGUCAUUCAUGCAUAUCGAGACAAUGACGUUGAACUGUCGGAUGUGCUCGGCAAACCUAAUGCCGAAAUUAUGCAUAAGCUCGAGAAAAAUUAUAGUGUUGCCAAUUAUCGGUUCAUUAAGGAAUUCACAAAAGGUGUCGAAGAUGACUGGACUAUCAAUCACAUUUUGCAUGUCAAACCCACGGAUGAAAUGAAGGAAAAAGAAAAGUUACUAAAAGAACUCUGAAUGUGCAUGUCGCGCGCGCAUAUGCACUGUUCAACAGAAUUUUGAGUUUUAAGUGAUAAAUCAUAUAAUAUUCAUUUGCCGUGUACAUAGGAGAAUCCAAAUUUGCGGACAAUAAAAUACAUAGCGCAUAGUUUAUGUUUGGUUACAUAUAUAAUAAACAA